AUGGAAUGGAACAUAGGCAAUGUCGGCAUACGGUUCCAGGACGUUCCAGACGACCAGCCAGCCUUGUUCCGCCUUACGUACAUGAGCUACGAUAGUAGACACCCCACUGCUUUAGCCGCGACUUUCUUGCCGGGCGUACUUGGCGACCAGCGACUAUAUGUGUAUCAAUCAUGUUUCGGAGAGCUGUACGUGGAGCGUAUGACCACUGCCUUUUGCCACGAACUCGGGCACAUCCUCGGGCUACGGCACGAGUCUGCGGAAGAGGAUGCGGAUGAGAUGACGCCAUGUUUCCCGUCGUAUCUGCUUGGACGGCGCAAUCGCUUCUCGAUUAUGACCCGUUCCCUACAUCCAAAUAUAUACCGCAUCCAUGAGGAGGACUAUGCUGGUGUGAGACGCUUCUACGGUGCUCGUGCUGACGAAUUUCGUGGAUACAGAAUCAUAGACAGAGACCCGAAGGUCUAUGAGAAGAAGCUAUGGGGAACUUACGGUAGAACUGUAUUUGGGAGUUAUGCCCUACUUCGUUGGUUACGGAUUUCCCUGGUGGAUAUAAUUUACCUUUACGUCGAACGGGUGAGAGAUACUUAUCAAUGA